AUGGAGACGGGCGACAACCAGACCCGCACCAACGGCACCGGGGGGGUCCAGGAGAGCCGCACCAACCUGACCUACCAAUUCGUCACCUCCUUCCUCCUGGCGGCUUUGAUCCUGUUCGCCGUCCUGGGGAACGCCUGCGUGAUCACAGCCAUCGCUUUAGAGCGUUCCCUGCAGAACGUGGCUAAUUAUUUAAUUGGAUCGUUAGCGGUGACGGACCUGAUGGUUUCGGUUCUGGUUCUGCCCAUGGCCGCUCUCUACCAGGUCCUGGAUAAGUGGACGUUGGGUCAGGAGAUCUGCGACCUGUUUAUUUCUCUGGACGUCCUCUGCUGCACCUCGUCCAUCCUUCACCUGUGCGCCAUCGCUCUCGACCGCUACUGGACCAUCACCGAUCCCAUCGACUACAUGAACAAGCGGACCCCCAGGCGCGCCGCCGUGCUCAUCAGCCUGACCUGGGUGGUCGGGUUCUCCAUCUCCAUCCCGCCCAUGCUGGGCUGGCGUACGGCGGAGGACCGGUCCGACCCGGACGCCUGCUCCAUCAGCCAGGACCCGGCGUACACCGUGUACUCCACGUUCGGCGCGUUUUACCUCCCGCUCAUCAUCAUGCUCGUCCUGUACGGACGCAUCUUCCGGGCCGCCAGGUUCCGGAUCCGGAAGAACAUGGGGAGGCGAGGGAGGAUUUCCGCCAGGAUCGCGGACGACGAGUUCAGCAUCACGGUCAACGGGACCGAACACAACAAGAAGGACACGGUGGAGCUGAAGGGUUCCAAACUUCACAUCCUGCCGCUGUCCUGCCACAAGUCUCCGAUCCCGGAGCAGAAGAACGGGAGAAGUUUAGAAGCCAGAAGAAAAGCCGCCAUGGGACGGGAGCGCCGGGCGGUAAAGACUCUGGGCAUCAUCAUGGGCACGUUCAUCCUGUGCUGGCUGCCGUUUUUCACCGUGGCGCUCGUGCUGCCCUUCUGCAAGUCCAGAUGUUUCAUGCCCAAGUGGCUCGGAGACGUGAUCAACUGGCUCGGCUACUCCAACUCGCUCCUGAACCCGGUCAUCUACGCCUACUUCAACAAGGACUUCCAGAACGCCUUCAAAAAGAUCCUUAGGUGUAAAUGCAUCCGCCGGUGA